GAGACGAUCUCGUACGGCGUGAUCAAGAUGAACAUCGACACCGACACGCAGUGGGCGUACUGGGACGGGAUCCGGUCCUACUCGGAGGAGAACCGCGCCUACCUGCAGAGCCAGAUCGGCAACCCCGAGGGCCACGACAAGCCAAACAAGAAGUUCUACGACCCGCGCAUGCCGGUGCGGUCCGCCGAAGAGACCACGGUCGCACGGCUCGGCCAGUGCUUCUCGGACCUCAACUGCGUCGACGUCUUCUAA